AUGGCUGAAGAGCUGAGGAAGGAGCAGGACACCAGUGCUCACCUGGAGAGGAUGAAGAAGAACCUGGAGGUCACAGUGAAGGACCUGCAGCACAGAUUAGACGAGGCAGAAAACUUAGCCAUGAAGGGAGGGAAGAAACAGCUGCAGAAACUGGAGGCGAGAGUCCGUGAGCUGGAAAAUGAGCUAGAAGCCGAGCAAAAACGUUCCACUGAGGCCAUCAAAGGAGUCCGUAAAUAUGAGAGGAAGGUCAAAGAGCUAACCUAUCAGUCUGAGGAAGACAAGAAAAACAACAUUCGACUGCAGGAUCUUGUGGACAAGCUCCAGAUCAAAAUGAAGGCCUACAAACGCCACGCUGAGGAAGUUGAGGAGCAGUCCAACGCACACAUGGCCAGAUUCAGGAAGGCCCAGCACGAGCUGGAGGAGGCCGAGGAGAGAGCUGAUGUGGCCGAAUCUCUGGCCAACAAGAUGCGGGCCAAGAGCCGUGAAAUUGGGACAAAGGCACAAGAGGGACAGGGCGAGUAA